AUGAACAACGGGUACGGAUAUGGCGGGAACUACAAUGCCAAUGGCAACGGCAGCGGCCAUGGUGAUGGCAACGGCCUUGACAGCCAGCAGGGGUCCGGCAUGAUGAUGAUGGAUCAGGAAGGCAUGUUGGGAGGGUCUGGCCAAUCUUUGGACGACAUCGUCAACCAGAAUGCUAAGCUCAUCCGCCGUCAAAGCAUGCCUCAAACUUUUGGUAAUAACGCGCAGCACCCAGACAUGCGGCGCAUAUCCAUGAUGGACUACGGCUCGGGCUCACCUGGAAAUCACUCGAACAAUUAUCAAUUCGACACCAGCUCUGGUAUGGAUCCGAGUGGUUACGGAGGUGGAGGAAUGACACCCACUGCCAACAAUCAGUCACGACCUUCAUUGAGUCGGCCGGGCUCUGUUGCGGAUCUAUCACUGGAUACUGGCUAUGGCAAUAAUUCGCAGGCCUACGGCUCUAUGAUGCCACCCAAUUCUGCCUAUUCUCAGUCGCCCGCGCAWGCAACGAACGCACUUGACAUGUCCAUGGGCAGCCCCUACAUUGACAACAGCAUGUCCAUGAACAUGGACUUUGAAGGCCUCGGCACACCCAUGUCUGGCGAUGCAAUGAUGGCCGGUGUCUACAGCCAGCAGUCCUAUAAUCCGUCACAAUCCCUAACACCUAUGCAUGCUCCUCCGAACACAUCUCAGGGCACUCCGCAUUCCGGAAAGACGAUGACGCCUGAUCACGGUGGUCAAAGUGUUCAUCACUCGUAUAGUGGAUCCGUUGGCAGUGCCACGCCCAACACUGUGCGCCAUCAUCCUCGGGCUCCGGGCUUGCAUGUGCCCGACCUGAACAGUCCAGGUCACGGUGCCUCGCCGCUGAGCCAACCGCCAAUGUCUGUUCAAUCUCAAAUGCGCUCCCAGUCGUCUCCUCAACACCCUCAAACUCAGCAAUCUCCGCCACGAACCUCUCAUCAACAACCGCAACAGGGUCGCUUACAACGGCCUCAACUUGUCCAACACCAGCAUCAGACCUCUCCCGCCUCCUUCACACCUACAACACAGCCUUCAAAUACCGGGAAUCCGGAAGCUGGGUCAGUCCAACACGCUGGAUUCGAUCGAGGCACGUCCGAGCAUGUGCCCACCAGCGGUACCCCAUACAAUCCGAAUAAUCAGGGCUUUGCCUGGGAUGCUCCGGAGGGAGGCUGGCCGACGACAAUGACUGGCAAACCGCAUAUGAGUUCCGUAUACAAGAAUGCUUACUCUUCUACCGGCUUUGACAUGCUUGGCGUCUUGAUGCGGAUUGCCACACGGCCUAAUCCUCAGAUCAACAUUGGUUCGGUGGACCUCUCUUGUGCAUUCGUAGUCUGCGAUGCUGAGAAGGACGACAUGCCAAUUGUGUACUGCUCAGACAACUUUGAGCGAUUGACAGGCUAUACGAAACAUAUGAUCCUUGGUCGAAAUUGUCGCUUCCUGCAGUCACCAGAUGGCAACGUCGUCUCCGGGAUUCGACGUAAGUAUGUGGAUGACGAUUCGGUGGUAUAUCUGAAGAACAUGAUCACUUCCCGGCGGGAAGCGCAAAUAUCACUUAUCAACUACAGGCGUGGCGGCCAGCCGUUUAUGAACCUGCUGACGAUCAUUCCCAUCACGUGGGACGGAGACAGCGUCAAGUUCUAUGUCGGAUUCCAAGUAGAUUUGGUGGAGCAGCCAAACGCCGUCACGAACAAAAAUCCUGAUGGCUCUUACUCGAUCAAUUACCAACGGGGUAUGACGAUGCCGCGGUAUGUGAUGAACGCACCCGAGGCGGCGGUCAAAAACGACUACGGUCAGACUGUGCCACGUGACGAUGUCUCUGCUAUUCUCAGCACGAUUGGCAGCGGCGAGUCUGAGUAUGCUAAGCGCAUGUGGGACAAGGUUCUGCUGGAGAACACAGACGAUGUGGUGCAUGUCCUGUCUCUCAAGGGCCUCUUCCAAUGGGUGUCUCCUUCCGCUCUACGCGUGCUGGAGUAUGAGCCGGGUGAGAUUAUUGGUACCGCACUCAGUUCUGUGUGCCAUCCUAGCGACAUUGUUCCCGUUACCCGAGAACUCAAGGACACAUCAACUGGUGCUUCUGUAAAUGUCGUUUUCCGCAUUCGCCGGAAGAAUAACGGUUACAUGUGGUUCGAAGGCCACGGGUCCCUGCAUACUGAACAAGGGAAAGGCCGCAAGUCGAUCAUCAUGGUGGGCYGCGAACGGCCCGUCUACACAUUGAGCAAAAAUGCAAUACUUGCUGGCGGCGGCAUUGGCGAAAAUGAGUUGUGGACGAAGAUGUCAACAUCGGGCAUGUUCCUGUUCGUCUCGUCCAACGUCAGGCAACUUCUUGACCGCCAGCCGGACGAGCUGGUUGGCAUUAGCAUCCAGUCGCUCAUGCGCAUCGAAUCUCGAUCAGAAUUCGGACGAAUACUGGAGCAUGCUCGCACAGGAAAGAAAGCAUCCGUAAAGCACGAGAUGAUCAACCGACGAGGACAGGUGCUCUCGGCAUUUACCACCCUCUACCCAGGCGAUGCCACCGAGGGUCAAAAACCAACCUUCAUUGUCGCCCAGACCCGUUUGGUCAAGUUUUCUCGUGGCAACCAAUCUCAGCAACGCCCUGGCAUCUACAACAAAAGUGAACGUAAUUCCUCGGAAUCUAUCCAGUCAGCCACCACUGGCACCGGCCUCCUUCCUCUGCGCGACGGCGAGCAGACACCGAGCUCUGGAGGAAAUAACGCAAGCUACCUCAAUACCGAUGGAUCUGCUGCUACAUAUGCAGGGCAGAAUGGUCUCGUGUUGGGUCGUCAAGAUCAGUCGCUUGCUUCCGACGACAACCUUUUUGACGAAUUGAAGACCACAAAGUCAUCGUCAUGGCAAUACGAGAUUCGUCAGCUAGAGAAACGCAAUCGACUUCUUGCUGAGGAAGUACAAAGUCUAAUUGCGGCGAAGAAGAAGCGCAAACGACGAAAGGGCGCAGGCAACGCACAAAAGGAUUGCGCCAACUGUCAUACGAGAGUCACCCCCGAGUGGCGGAGAGGACCUAGUGGACAGAGAGAUUUGUGCAACAGCUGCGGUUUACGCUGGGCGAAACUGAACGGCAAGGUCUCGCCUCGCACGUCUAGCCAGCAUUCCGUGGCUUCGGACAAGGCAAGCAAGGCUAGCGCCAGCCCAAGGCACCUGUCGCUUCCUGCUACGCAGAAGGUCGACUCCAGCGAAUCGGCCGCUCGCACGGAAGGCCAUACAGGAAGCUCAGCGCAGAAACCCACCACGGUGGAUGGCCAUGGCGCCAGCAUGGAGGGUGCGCAGGGGGUUCCAGCCAAGAUCGAUGAAGGAGUGGAACCAGAAUGA